GUAUGGCAGGACUUGGGGAAGCAUGUACCCAUGUUGGAGCUCUUCUGUUUUACUCAAUGGAAGCUUACCGCUUAAGUAAAGAGAAGACAGUCACCCAAGACAAAGCUUAUUGGCUACUCCCAUCAAGUUUGGAUAAGGUGCCUUAUUCAGAAAUUCGUGACAUUGAUUUCACAACAGCAGAGACACAGAAAAAACAAAGAGACAGUGUCCAAAAUGGAGGAAGUGUAUGCAAGAGGAACACCCUGAAACUCCCAGAAGUUCCAGAACCAACAGCCGAUGACAUCAGUGGAUUUAUGGAAGCUUUGUUUGUGACAAAAUCCAAAGCCUCCGUUUGUCUGUUAAAUCAGCAUACCAGGAACAUUUUGUGCCAGAUGUACUGAAAG